UUUUUUCUUCUAGCUAGCGCUCUGUUUGCAGGAAGGAAGGAUCUUCGAAUCUUCGAAUUCAGCUUAAUACUUCUUUGGAAUUAGUGGUUUCUAUUUGUUGCAAGAGAUGGAGUGUAUGUGAGAAUACUACACCAACGCGAGCCCGUAAAUUUCAUUUGCGAAAAUUUUAAAUUUUUCGGUUUCUGGUUUUAGUUUCCAGUUUUUUCAAACUUAAUCGAAAUGGCUGAGUUGAUUCGUUCACAACUUAAGACUCCUCUUCAUUUCACCGAACCGGUUUCAUCCCUGAUUUUUGGGAAAACAAUCUAAACGGCCUAAUAAUAAUAAUUUAAAUAAAUUUCAACAAAACAGCCUCUGAUAAAUUUGCGUCUUUUGAUGGUGAUCGUAUGAUCUAAAUCAAAACUAGAUCAAAUUUUGAUUAGACGCAGCAUAUCAUCUAUGUUAGACGACCCCCAUCCACUCUCUCCUCCGACCUCUCCUCCCCAAAAGGCCAAAUCCAAACAGCUUCUCUGUAGAAACUUACCCCGUCCUUCCCUAAUCCCCUCUAUCUCUUCUUCUUCCACACGAUUCCUCCAAACCCUAGAAUCCCUCUACGGCGGCGGCGGCGGCGAACCCCGGCGAUCUCCGCGGGAAAGCGGUGGAAAACUAAGGAAUAGCGAUCGAGGAGGAGGAGGAGGAGGAGGAGGAGGAGCAUCGCUAGGGUUUCGCGGGGUGGAGGGGCCCCGUUAGGGCAUCAUAACAUGUCGCUGCGGAUAAAGGCGGUGGUGGAUAGGUUCGUGAAGGAGUUGAAGGAGGCCUUGGACGCGGACAUACAGGACCGCAUCAUGAAGGAGCGGGAGAUGCAGAGCUACAUCGAGGAGCGCGAGCGCGAGGUCGCCGAGCGCGAGGCCGCUUGGAAAGCCGAGCUCUCCCGCCGCGAGGCUGAAAUUGCUCGACAAGAGGUGAGGCUGAAGAUGGAGAGGGAGAAUUUAGAGAAAGAGAAGAGCGUACUCAUGGGAACUGCAUCGAAUCAGGACAACCAGGACGGAGCUCUUGAGAUCACCGUCAGCGGGGAGAAAUACCGUUGCCUCCGCUUCUCUAAGGCGAAGAAAUGAUAUGAGAUGUUAACUGAUUUCAGCGGCACCGAAAUGAGAGAAUGUUGGCAAUCGUUUGUACAGGAAAAAAUAGCAGUGCAUCAAAAUGGAACGUCCUGAUAUUUGUUUGAUCCGAGCUUCGAUAUUUCUGAGUAAA